GCUCGCCGGCGGCCUCUGCUGCUGACGGGCUGCUCCGCUGGGGAUCUGCCUGGGGCUGGCGGGCCUCGGUCUUGCGCGCCCGGAUCAGUCCACAAUGCCAGAGGUUAGAGAGCUCAGCGAUGCUUUGCCCAAUGUGCCCAUGGACCCCAUCACCGGUGUCGGCGUGGUCGCCUCUCGGAACCGAGCCCCUACCAAUUACAACGUCGUUGCACAGACAGCAGAUGGCUUAGAUGCUGACCUCUGGAAGGAUGGCCUGUUCAAAUCCAAGGUCACACGAUACUUAUGCUUCACACGGACUUUUUCCAAAGAGAACAGUCACUUAGGAAAUGUCUUGGUUGACAUGAAACUCAUAGACAUAAAGGAUACUUUGCCUGUUGGCUUCAUUCCAAUCCAGGAAACUAUGGAUACACAAGAAACUGCUUUCCGGAAAAAGAGGUUGUGCAUUAAAUUUAUUCCACGGGAUUCUACGGAGGCCGCCAUCUGUGAUAUCCGCAUCCUGGGCCGAGGCAAACAGACUCCUCCGCAGUAUACCUACAUUGGGGAAUUGAACAACAUGGGUAUCUGGUAUCGGAUGGGGAAGGUCCCUCGAAAUCACGAAUCAUCUCAGCCUACCACGCCUUCUCCACAGGCACCAGCCACAACACCAGCUGCUAACCUUCCCAGGCAUAUAUCAUUGACACUUCCUGCCAGCUUCCGAGGGAAAGGACAUGGCACUCGGCCAGAUUUUGAAUAUCAGCAUUCCAAUUUAUAUGCCAUUUCAGCAAUGGAAGGCGUGCCGUUUAUGAUCUCAGAGAAGUUUGCCUGUGCUUCUGAAGGGAUGCAGCCUGUUGACCUCCUGGGUAUCACAAUUAAAUCUUUGGCUGAAAUUGAAAAAGAGUACGACUACAGCUUCCGGACGGAGCAGAGCGCUGCGGCCAGACUCCCUCCCAGCCCCACCAGAUGCCAGCAGUAUCCGCCCUCCUGAAACCUCUCAACUCUGCGGAGUAUUACGCACACAUACUACUGAGAAGCGAAAGGAUUCUCCUCCUCGCUCUGUACCCUUUUCCCCAACCCCUCCUGCCCCCGACGAGCAGUAUUAACGGAGGCCCUUCCAACAGAAGGGACCUGGAGCAUUGGUUUAUGUUCUUCCUCUCUCCCUUGGCCCCCGCCCCUUGUACAAAAUUACUGGAUAGUAUUUCUUUUCCUCUUUUUUAUACCACCUUGUCCUUGCUGGUUUGCAAGUUCUGACGAGCCCCCUCGUGACUGAAGAGACGCAGGCCUCCGUGGAGACUUCUGUCUGUCUACGUUUAUUUAUUGUGGUUUUUGUGGGUGUGGUUUGCAUUCCUGAUCGUUGGUUCCUUCUGAGGAGCUUCUCCGAUGCAGCUGAAGUGUCUUCUACUAAACUGUCUAACAAAAACAAGAAUGUGCUCCCUGGGUGGAUGGAAAUCCCAGCAGUGCCCAGCUCAUUGGCACCGACGUGUUUUGGAGACGAGCUUCAGGGUGUCAUCUUACAUGGUCUGGUAGACUCCACGGUUAGAUCUAUCUCUAAACCAGAAGCAUAUCAUCAUUAGCUGUUACCUCCACAGCUGGCCAGCUUUCUCUGGUGUUCCCCAGCUGGCCAGAGGCAAUCAAGGUCCAUCCUGUACCUCAUAACUGGUGUCAAUUUUAUUCAGCACUGGCUUUUAAAGGAGUGGGAAUUCUUGGUGUUGCUUUCACCAUCAAACUCACACCAUCCUUUGUGGGUUGAACCAGCUUAAAGUGUACUGCCUGAACUGGACUUCUUUUUUUGGAAUUCUCUUCUCCGAAUCACUUGCCCAAGGUGACUAUCAAAGUGAUCUUACUCCAAAAUGGGCAACUCCAUUUCUGAGCCUUUUUUUAAAAAAAUGACUUAUUUCUUACCUUCCCCCCCCCCUUUUUUGCAAACGAGUUUUGUCCAGAUACUUGUCUGGAAGGUCUAGAAAUCUCCAGUGGCUCUCUCUACAAGCUUUGUGCAUCCUGAAUUAUUUCUUCUGUUAUAAAUGUUUGAAUUUAGCAACCGAAGGACCUCCCGAUGUAGCUGGGCUGCUGAAGGUGAAACUGAUCAUUAUGUUUUCUUCUGGAGAUCUUGGAAGACACCAAGACAUUGAUUCAUAAUGAAGCCAGAUCAAAUAUAAUGUAAGCUCCAGUCCAUGAGUAAUGGCUCCAAAAUAUACACCCCGGUGCAACUUGUUACUGAAACUUAAGUUAUUUUGGGAAACCUGUGUGAACUCCUGUGCUGCUUUUUUUUUUGUGAUUUAGUGCCAGAGAACAAACACUACAUUGCAGAGAUGGAAGGAGGACAUAUCUGUCCCUCCCCAUCUUUCAUUAACUUCCUUUCUUUUUGAUAAAAAAAACAGGUGGAAAGGUUCCAGCAUGUUACGUGUAAAUAAGUACUGGUUUGUCUAACUGUAUUAAAACGCAGUUGCUGUGGUUGUAAACCUCAACUGCUCCUGGGGUUAUUUUAACUUUUUCUGUAGUAGUUUAUUCCUAGCAAAGAGGGCUGUUUUAUAUUGCAUAAAGGGAUGGGUCUUCUCUCUCCUGCCCCAGCAGUUUACAAAUCGCAUUGUUCAGGAAAGGCAGAUCUGGGUUUUCGGAGGACCGAUUUGACGAUGGCUCUGCAGCACGAUCCAACCAAGCUGUUCAACCCUCCUACCUUCCUUUUAGCAAGCAAGAUCCAUGUCUUGAUUUUUUUACCACUUCUUUGGGUUUUGCCAAACUUUUUUGAUGCUCAGAGUCCAUUGCCAACAACCAAUCUGCCUUUCUCUGCCCUCCCAAGCAGAGGACCUUUGUGGAGGAAUUAAGGGCCACAACAGAGAAGUCCCUGGAUUAGGCAGUUCCUAAAGGUGUUUUGGAAAUCAACCCUGCAUAUGGUAAACUAGGACAAUGCUUUCAUCAGGGGUAUGUCUCGAAGUGAGGUGUUAGGGAAACAUCUCAAGCAGGGCAGAUGGAUCUAGGAUGAAGGCAUCAUGGAAGAUGUUUUUCAGUUAACCAAGUACAAAGGGAGUUAACACAACAACCAGGGUGUGUGAAUUGAACCCGGCUGAGGAAUUCGACUGAGUUUGGAAAGCCAGGUCAAAUGACAUUGCUUUGGAAAGCUGCUGUUCUUGAUUUAUGAUUUAGAUUGGUAAGCUGGCAUACCUUUGGACCAUCCAGAUUGAGAUGGAUCCUCGAAGGUUGGUGGAAUCCAUUCAGUACAGCAGAGCUUUUUAUCCCCUAAUGAGGACUUCUUUCAGGUUAACCUUUGCUUCCUUCUGUGGCAUUCAAAACUGCAAUGUGGGGCCCACUUUGGGAGGCAUUCUCCACCUGUGAGAACCUGUCUUUGGAGAGAUGCAGAUCGUAUGCCGCUGCUGCAGUGUUACCUCCUCAACCACUGUGUGGAAAAGAGAUCCCAGCCUGGUUGGACUUGUUUUUGCUGAAUUACUCUGCCUUGCUAGAUGGUUUCCUACCCAGGCCAGAAGGUAGCAAAGAGAUUUCCCUGCCUCAAAUUUUGGGGAAGUCCUGCUGGUUAAAUCUCAAUGAGCUAAUUUAGAUGAAUUAAAUUCUGUGACCUUGUGUUCAAAGCACCAUCCCUGGUUCUUAGAACGCUGAAAGAUAAAAAGGGCAGGAGGCAACCAUCAGCUAUUGUGUGGCCCUCAACUCCCAAGAGGAGAAAGGAAGCUAAGUGGCAUGAUUGCCAAUGGUUGCUUCCUGCAAGAGAAAGAAUUAAACACAACCGGGCCAAUGCACCGGGGCAGAAUAUAAUCCGGGGCAUAAAAUGAACCAAAGUGGCACUUUCUACCUUUCAGUGUUCUAAGAACCAAGGAUGGUGCUUUGAAGUCAAGGUUGCAGAUUGCACCAGAGUUGCACCUCAGGCAGCAGGGAGGCCUUGUUUGCAAUUGAUAUCUUGCAACAUUCUGGUGCAAAUUUGGGGUUCUUCUUCCCACUUAUCUGGUGAGAAGACAGUGACAGAAUCCUGAUGUAUGUUCUGUCAAGUUCUAAAGUCAUAUUGGCUUUCCUCCAACUAUUCCUGGGCACUGCUUCUCUCCUCCUACCCACCCAAUGGAUAGAAUGCAAUUUAACUUUUCUACAGAGGAAUGUUUGAGUACAUGAUGCACCAGGGUUACCGUUGCAACCACUUUUUAAAAAAAUAUACAGACUCUGUCACAGGAUUCUCAGAGGACUUUCUUGGUGUUACUUAAUUUUUCUGUGACACUAGCCUUUUUACGUGGUAUUUUGCCUCUCUCCAGUAUUGACUGAAUAGUAUUUAUUUCCAUAUUUGGAUGCAUACAUGUAAUUUAGGAUGCUUCUAUUUUAUGCCGGUCUUAAGUCCUUGACAUUGCUUCUUUCCUUUUUCCAUAUUUUCCCCCUUUGGGUCAUGCAUCUGUGAUGCUCUCAGUGUAUCACUUCAAGUUAGAGGUUUGUAGAAUCAAACAAAACUGAAGCCAACUUCAAAAAAUAAAAAAACGUUCUGCUCGUCCCACUUCGUACGAAGGGGAAGGUGAUGGUUGUAAACAGCUGCCCAACUAAACUGGGCAAGGUUUUCUUCUGAGCUCAUAGAAAAAGAGAAGUGGAAUUUGAGAACUCAUCCUUGUUCUCCCAAUACUGAAAAGUUCAUUCAUAAAGGAGCCUACGUCUUUUUUUCCCCCCCUGAAUGGCAGGUUGGUCCUCCCGCAACAAAUAUCAGUACUUUCUAUUCUUAUGGCCCACGUUGACUUUCAUGCUCUGUCUCUCCAUGUUGAGCCAACUCUCCUUAUCCUUAGCCAUUGACUAGAGAUGAGGGGACACGAAGAAGUUGAAGGCCACCAAUGGGUGGGAAGAAACAGGCAGGUUCCCUUCUACCUCCACCCAGUAAAGGCAGCUGGUGUAACUUAGUUUGUGCAAUCCAACACUGAAGAGCUUUUUUCAAGCAGGGUAACCCAUCUUUCAUGGAUAGCACUUUGUCCAGGACAAAGCAGUGGUGUGUAUCUCAUCACAGGUAACAAUGUGGAUUUUUUUGUCUAGUCCACACAAGCUGGCUUCCCAUCAUAUCAAUGGGUGCGAUUGACUGCCUUGUAUACUGUAUUGUUCCAGUCACUGCCGCUAGGGGGAGACAAAGGAUUUGUGGAUUUUUCCUGGAAAUCUAAUUGCGGAUUUCAUUGGUUGUGAGUCUGAAGUUGCACAAAUGAAAAGAGGUGCAUUAUUUUCUGUUCCCCCCCCCCAAAAAAAAAUCAGAACAAAAAUGCUGUUAUGAUUGGCAGUUGGUGGGGAAAUCUGUGGGAUUCUCAGAAAUGGGAUUGGGGUGCUUAGAGUGUGGUUUAUAGGACUACACACAAACGCAAAUUUAGGGCAGCCGAUUGGUUCAAAAUAGGUUAAAUUUGUGGAGUAUUUGUGUGUGUGAAGUGGAUUAAAUAUUUGUUGUGUGAAAUUACAUUUUGAAAGAGGUGGCCAAUCAUCUUUUUGAGGUUAAAUUGGCCCUGUAGGUCUUGGCUUUAAAAGAA